AUUCAUUAUUACGUUUUAUUUUCUGAAUCAGUUCCAAAAUGCCUGGACAAUAUACAAACUACCAUUACACCCGUUCGAUAAUGGUGCUGCUGCGCUGCCUGUGGGCCACUUUCUAUCUCUGGGCGAUGAUGCACGCGGCAGCCAUCCUGCCGAUUCCUCUAGAGCGUUGGGAGGCAAAUUUCUGGUCCAAGAAACUGAAGUACAUAUUGACCUAUAAGAGCAUGUUUGAGUACAAAAUGAAGAACGAGAUGUACAUCUACGUCAUGGUGCUCGUGCUGCUGUACAGUCUGUUCCGCUGUUGCCGUUGCAGCUUCGUUGGAGUCCGAUAUUUUACGGCAGAAGUGGAUAAGCCCCUGGGAUAUCGUCUCCUGAUCUUUAAGACUCCUUACUGUGUGUCCUUCCUCUACUGCUGGGCCUUCAGCAUCGCGAGCACAACAUGCGCCAUUUUUGACGUGGCUCAGCUGGAUGAGAGUGGCAAAACCCAUAUUGUGUUUUGCCAACUGGUCACAGCCCUGAUCUUCAAGCUUCUGGUUCUGGCCAAUGCCUUCUCGGUCACUCUCCGCAUUUGGGGCUACUUGAAGAUAUUCGAGGCGGAGUCGGCUGAGAAUCAACUCAUAUACCACAAUUUCGGCGAUCACUUAAAUUUAUUCUUUCGCGUUUAAAAA